AAGAAACAAGGUGGCGACAUCCUAUCCUUCUUUACCCACAUAGUCAUUUUUGUAGGGUUAGUGUUACACAUCAAUCUAGUGUGACAAAACACCAGGGGAGGAUCUCAGUUUCUUGAAUAUGAUUGAGUUUCAUGCUAAGCAGCGACAUAAACAUAAGGGUCACUAAUGUUGUAAAAAAUGUCAAGGAACUUAGGAAGAACGUCCAGUUUCUAUAGUUGUUGUAUAAACAUUAUGAAACUGAAACAUGAGACGUGCCUAUGUACCUUAACAAGGGCAGAACAUUCUCCAAUACCACAGAAAAGCAUGCCCUCUUCAGAAAGAUGUCUCUGCAUUAAGCUAUGUUUAAGCACAUGCAUACUCUAUACCCAUAUUUUCAACAUAAAUUUAGUUGCAGUAUAACUUCAACCCUUCAAGUCAGUAGUAACACCACAACCAUCAAUAGUACCCUUAUGUGGACACGUGAAAAACAGGCACUUUUAUGUUUUACCUUGAUUAAUUAGAAGAGCUAUAUAUGCAAACCCAAACCUCUCUCACCAUACUUGCACACUGCUUCCAUUCCUCACUCACCAUGGAAGCUAGGACUGGACUUUUUGCAGGAACUCCAAACAGCAAUGAGCUUGUGGUCAUCCAAGGACAUGAUGAGCGUAAGCCUGUGAAAAACUUAGAUGGUCAGCUAUGUGAGAUAUGUGGCGAUUGUGUGGGACUUACAGUGGAUGGAGACUUAUUUGUAGCUUGUGAAGAGUGUGGUUUCCCUGUGUGUAGGCCAUGUUAUGAGUAUGAAAGAAGGGAAGGGACUCAAGUUUGUCCUCAAUGCCAUACAAGAUACAAGCGUAUCAAAGGAAGCCCAAGAGUGGAGGGAGAUGAAGAUGAAGAUGAUGUGGAUGACAUUGAGCAUGAAUUCAAAAUGGAAGAAGAAAAGUACAAGCUUAAGCAUGAAGAGAUGCUGCAAGGGAAGAUGAUUCAUGGAGAUGAUCAUGGAAAUGCUAGAUCAAAACCGGUCUAUGGGGACCUACCCAUAUCUUCUCACAGUGGAGAACCAGGUGGUGCAAAAUUUGAUGAAAAGGAGAAAACAGAUGAGUGGAAGUUGCACCAAGGCAAUCUGUGGCCUGAAACUGAUGCCUCAGUUGAUCCAGAAAAGGCCAUGAAAGAUGAAGCUAGACAGCCACUCUCAAGGAAAGUAGCAAUACCUUCAGGCAAACUAAGUCCUUAUAGAAUGAUGGUUACGGCUCGGCUCCUCCUUCUGUUACUCUUCUUUCAGUACAGAAUCUUCCACCCUGUACCUGAUGCAAUUGGACUAUGGUUCACAUCUGUGACAUGUGAAAUCUGGCUUGCAUUAUCAUGGAUAAUUGAUCAGCUUCCAAAAUGGUUUCCCAUUAACCGUGAGACCUACCUUGAUCGUCUUUCAAUCAGGUUUGAACCGGAGAACAAGCCCAAUAUGCUUUCUCCAAUCGAUAUCUUUGUAACUACUGUAGAUCCAAUCAAGGAACCUCCUCUAGUUACAGCCAACACAGUUCUUUCAAUCUUGGCCUUGGAUUACCCUGCUGACAAAAUCUCAUGCUACGUUUCUGAUGAUGGAGCUUCCAUGCUCACCUUUGAAGCUCUUCAAGAAACUGCUGAAUUUGCCAGAAAAUGGGUACCUUUUUGCAAAAAAUUCUCUGUAGAACCUAGAGCACCAGAGAAGUACUUCUCUGAGAAGAUAGAUUUUCUAAAGGAUAAGCUUCAGUCUACAUAUGUAAAAGACCGUCGCACAAUGAAGAGAGAAUAUGAAGAAUUUAAGGUGAGGAUAAAUGCACUUGUGGCUAAAUCCAUGAGAAUUCCCCUAGAAGGAUGGACUAUGAAAGAUGAGACACCAUGGCCAGGAAACAACACCAAAGAUCAUCCAAGUAUGAUACAAAUCCUUCUUGCUCAGAGUGGAGGCCAUCAAGGUAAUGAGCUUCCAUGUCUUGUCUACAUGUCUCGUGAGAAAAGGCCUGCAUUUCAACCCCACGGCAAAGCCGGCGCAAUUAAUGCCUUGCUUCGCGUAUCAGCAGUGCUAAGCAAUGCUCCUUUUGUGUUGAACUUGGAUUGCAAUCAUUAUGUGAAUAACAGCAAAGUCGUGAGAGAGGCCAUGUGUUUCUUCAUGGACAUACAACUUGGGAAUGGCAUUGGCUUUGUCCAGUUUCCAUUAAGAUUUGACAGCCUAGAUAGGAACGAUCGUUAUGCGAACAAAAACACUGUUUUAUUUGAUAUUAACUUGAGGUGCCUAGAUGGAAUUCAGGGACCUUCUUAUGUUGGUUCAGGAUGUAUCUUUAGAAGGAAGGCUUUAACUGGCUUUGAUGCUCCAAAGGCUUCAAAACGCCCACGAAUGGUGCAAGUUCACUCCAAACAGGAUGAGACUGGAGAGGAUGCAACCAUAACAGAUGAGGACAAAGAGCUAUUGAAGUCACAGAUGAAUGAUGAAAACAAAUUUGGGAAGUCCACACUUUUUAUGAAUUCUUCAAUGACAGAAGAAGGUGGUGCUGAUCCUUCUUCGAGUCAGGAAGCCCUGCUUAAAGAAGCCAUUCAUGUCAUGGGUUGUAGAUAUGAAGACAGAACACUUUGGGGAUACGAGGUGGGUUUGAGCUAUGGAUCAAUAGCAACAGAUACUUUGACAAGUUUGAAGAUGCAUUGUCAGGGUUGGAGGUCUGUGUACUGCAUGCCAAAGAGAGAUGCAUUCAGGGGUACAGCUCCAAUCAACCUUACCGAUAGACUGAACCAGGUGCUUAGAUGGGCACUGGGAUCACUUCAGAUCCUAUUCAGCAGCCAUUGUCCUCUCUUCUAUGGCUUCAAGGGAGGAAGACUCAAGGGGCUCCAAAGAAUUGCCUAUAUUAAUAGCACUGUCUACCCGUUCACCUCAAUCCCCCUCCUCAUAUAUUGUCUCAUUCCUGCCAUCUGCUUGCUCACUGAUAAAUUCAUCACACCAUCGGUAGGCACAUUUGCAAGUCUAAUCUUCAUUGCAUUGUUCAUCUCAAUCUUUGCCUCAGCGAUUCUGGAAUUGAGAUGGAGUGGAGUUAGCCUUGAGGAAUGGUGGAGAAGCCAGCAAUUUUGGGUGAUUGGCAGUGUGUCAGCAAACCUCUUUGCCACUAUGCAAGGCCUAAUAGCAGCCCUGCCACUUGGUAGAGUAAACACAAACUUCAGCAUUGUAUCAAAGGCACCAGAUGAUGUAGAGUUUCGUGAACUCUAUGCCAUUAGAUGGACAGCACUUCUAAUACCUCCAACCACCAUCAUAAUAAUAAACCUCAUUGGUAUUGUAGCUGGCUUCACAGAUUCCAUAAAUAGUGGUGAACAUUCUUGGGGGGCACUGCUUGGAAAACUCUUCUUUUCUUUAUGGGUUAUUGUCCAUUUGUACCCUUUCCUUAAAGGUCUAAUGGGUAGGCAGAACAGAACACCAACACUUAUUGUGAUAUGGUCUGUGCUUUUGGCUUCUAUCUUCUCAUUGGUUUGGGUCAGAAUUGACCCUUUUGUGUUAAAAACAAAGGGGCCUGAUGUCAAGCAAUGUGGAAUCAGUUGCUGAAUCUACUGUAUCUUUACGUGUGUCAAGUGAGUAAUGAGAGCCUAGAUGCACCGAGAUGAAUAAUGCUAGGUCAUUUUCUUUUCUAUUUUCAUUUUUAAUUAAAUCAAAGGAGAAAGCCCAGAGCAAUGUACUUAAUUUUGUAAUUAGAAACACGUGUUACUUGUUAUCUAUUUUUCUUUUUUUGGCU